UCUGAACAGCAUCCAGAAAGCAGCAGAUUUACCGCUGGUGAUGCCUGGGGAGCUGUAGCAACCCGAGGUGCAAAGGAGCCUCAGCGCUGAAGCUCUGCUUCCUUCUCGGGCCGUGGACCCACCUGGCCCCGGGGUGGUGGUUUGGUGGCAUCUCCCUGCCGUGGGGCCAGGCAAGCCUUCUCACGAAGCAGUGACACAGCAUGGCUAUAAAGGUUGGGGCAUGUUGGAGCACUGAUGCACGCAGCUGUAAAACAAAGGCAUCCCGGGCUGUUCAGGUUUUCUCUACCUGGCUGCUAAACACCACCCUUCGCAGCGUACAAGUCAUUUUGCAAGAUCACUGAGAAUGCAAGAAAAUCCUUGGCCUCUCUUAAGAGAGAAAACCCUCGGCUUGAGCCAACGCUUGCCAUCAUCCAGGCACGUAAUGAUCCUUUGGUUCAAGAAAUAAACAAGAACUUUGCUGAGGAGGUUGGUCUACGUGUUGUUCACAUCUGUCUCCCUGAAGGCAGCGGCAAAGAUGAGAUUGUCAAUGAAAUCUUGAGGCUUAAUGAGGAUCCUAAUGUGCAGGGCCUUGCCCUUGACCUCCCAGAAAGCUCAUAUAUCAGCAAGGUAUUAAAUGCUGUGAAACCUGAGAAGGAUGUGGAUGGAUUAUCUGAUGUAAACCUGGGACGUUUGGUACGUGGAGAUGCCUAUGACUGCUUAGUUUCUCCUACUGCUUGUGCUGUGAUGGAGCUUCUUGAAGACUUAAAUGGGAAGAUGGUGCUGCUGGUGGGCGCUGACGGGGCCCUGGGGGCCUCCUUGCACUGCCUGCUGCAGAGGAGGGGAGCCACCACCACCAGCUGCCAGUGGAAGUCCCGUGAGCUACAGAACAAGCUUCAUCAUGCGGAUGUGGUGGUAGUUGGCAGUACAAAACCUGAUGAUGUUCCUGUGAGCUGGAUAAAGCCUGGAACCACCAUCAUCAACUGUUCUCGUGACUUGCUGUCAGGGAAACACAACUGUGAUCAGCAAAACAACCAUGCUGCUGAAAAAGCGGUUUGUUCUCUCGCAGUAGCAAUGCGAAUGCAGAACAUGGUAAAAAACAUAGAGCGAUGGAUCCAGUCCCAGCAGUUCAGGAAGUGGGACCUCCGCUGCUUGAAGCUUCAACCUCUCUCACCAGUGCCCAGUGAUAUUGAGAUUUCCCGAGCGCAGAGUCCAAAAGCUGUCGAUGUACUUGCCAAGGAGAUAGGAUUGCUUACAGACGAAAUUGAAAUCUAUGGCCAAACCAAAGCCAAAGUACGUUUGUCCCUGCUGGAAAGGUUAAAGGAUCAACCAGAUGGAAAAUAUGUUCUAGUUGCUGGAAUAACCCCUACACCCUUAGGAGAAGGGAAGAGCACAGUCACAAUUGGUCUUGUUCAGGCUCUUACUGCACACCUUAACAUUAACUCCUUUGCUUGUCUGAGACAACCUUCCCAAGGACCUACUUUUGGAGUUAAAGGUGGAGCAGCUGGUGGUGGAUAUGCUCAAGUGAUUCCCAUGGAGGAGUUCAAUCUUCAUUUGACUGGAGAUAUUCAUGCUAUAACGGCUGCGAAUAAUUUGCUAGCUGCUGCUAUUGAUGCUAGGAUCUUGCAUGAGAGCACUCAAUCUGAUAAGGCUUUGUAUAAUAGACUGGUUCCAGUAGUUAAUGGUGUGAGAGGAUUUUCUCCUAUUCAGUUUGCCCGUCUGAGAAGGCUGGGAAUAAACAAGAUUGAUCCUGGGACUUUAACUGAAGAAGAGAUCAGUAAAUUUGUGCGUCUUGAUAUUGACCCAUCUACCAUAACGUGGCAAAGAGUGGUGGAUACAAAUGAUAGAUUCCUACGCAAAAUAACGGUUGGCCAGGCGAAUACAGAAAAAGGAUUUGUCCGUCAGGCUCAGUUUGAUAUUGCUGUUGCAAGUGAAAUUAUGGCAAUCCUGGCACUCACCAACAGCCUGGAAGAUAUGAAGGAGAGGCUGGGGAAAAUGGUGGUGGCUAAUGACAAGAAAGGAGAACCAGUAACAGCAGAGGAUCUGGGAGUAACAGGUGCUUUGGCAGUUUUGAUGAAAGAUGCAAUUAAGCCAACACUAAUGCAAACAUUAGAGGGAACACCGGUAUUUGUUCACGCUGGACCUUUUGCUAACAUUGCACAUGGAAAUUCUUCUGUUUUGGCAGAUAAAAUUGCCCUUAAACUAGUUGGGGAAAAAGGAUUUGUUGUGACUGAAGCUGGCUUUGGCGCUGACAUUGGGAUGGAGAAAUUCUUCAACAUCAAAUGCAGAGCCUCUGGCUUGGUUCCCAGUGUGGUUGUACUUGUUGCUACAGUGAGGGCUUUGAAGAUGCAUGGAGGUGGGCCAAAUGUAACUGCUGGUGCACCCCUGAAGAAGGAAUACACAGAAGAGAACCUCCAGCUGGUAGCUGAUGGCUGCUGUAAUCUACAGAAACAGAUUCAAAUUACUCAGCUCUUUGGAGUUCCUGUUGUGGUUGCUCUAAAUGUCUUCAAAACUGACUCUCCUGCUGAGGUUGAUCUGGUGUGUGAGAUUGCAAAGCAGUCUGGAGCUUUUGAUGCUGUACCCUGCAAUCACUGGUCGGAUGGUGGUAGAGGAGCAGUAAAACUAGCUCAAGCUGUGCAAAAGGCAGCCAAUCAGAAAAACAGUUUCAAAUAUCUCUACAGCUUGGAGCUUCCUAUUGUUGAAAAAAUAAGGAUCAUUGCUCAGAAAGUGUAUGGAGCUCAAGAUAUAGAAUUGUCUCCUGCUGCACAGUCACAAAUUGAUCGUUACACCCGGCAGGGAUUUGGAGAUCUUCCCAUCUGCAUGGCAAAAACUCACCUAUCCCUCUCCCAUCAGCCUGAGAGGAAGGGUGUUCCCACUGGUUUCAUUUUGCCGAUUAGUGAUGUGCGAGCCAGUAUUGGAGCUGGAUUCAUCUACCCUCUGGUAGGAAUGAUGAGCACCAUGCCAGGACUGCCCACGAGGCCGUGCUUCUAUGACAUUGACCUCGACCCCGUCACAGAGCAAGUGAAGGGAUUAUUUUGAGACUGCAGUCAAACUUCAGAAGCCUGGAAAUUAAGAGCUGCAGCUUUUCUAUUUCCUGCAAACAGGAGACAAAAAUGAAUUUGAAGUAUUCCUGUUAUGUGUCUCUGGAGGAAUGUCAAGAUAGACCAAAGAGCAAAAGUUUACUCUUUCUUCAAACUAGUUUUUUAUGAUGAAAUAUAGCUGUGAGGUUAAAAAAAAAAAAAAAAAAAGGAAAAGAAAUGACAAGCUAAAUGUUUCUCACUGUAGUGCAGAAAGCUCUCUGCAGGGUCUUAUACUUGUUUGUGGAUAAACUGACAUUGAAAAAAAGUGGAAUUUUUGCCUUUAGAGUUUUCAUCUUUUCUCAAAGGAGUUAACAGAACUAUUUCCCUUAUCCUUGGCCAUCUAAAAACUUACGCAAACAUGAUUAUGCUGUGUGAUUGAGCUGUUUCUCUCAAAAAAAUACGCUUUGGCUCCUGGCAUUCAGGAGCUGAAACUAUACACAGAUUAACUGCACAUUUUUGAGUUAUCAUCAAGUGUUGCUCUGGAUGCAUUUGGGCAACAGCCAAGCUUCAAGCAAGGAAGAUAUUAAGUAGAGAAAGAACAGAGCAUGUAUUUUGUGAAGCGUUUCUAAUAUAUAAUUAGUUUCCUUGGUGGGCAAAUAUCUUCUGAAACACUUCAGCCAGAGCUGUCUCAUAUCCAUAGGUCUCUGUGUAUCCGAAGCAUAUGUUAGAGGCUGUCCAGCUGACGAUGUGCUUGUUGUGGUGGAGCUGGUUGUUCAGAGAGGGCAUUGCUCCAUCAGAAGCCCUGUUAUGCUCCAGUUCCUGGCUAAUGAAGCCUCCUGCUGUGCUGGCUCCAGACCUAGAGGCUCUGUGCCCUGUCCCUGGCAGCGUACGACGCCCGGGAAUGAGAGAAGAAUGCCCAUCACACGAGGAUGCGACAGGGCAGGACUUUGCUGUGCAGUUUUGAGCCGCCUUGUACAGCUGGAAUGUGUUUUAUAUUUGAAGUGGCUACUCAAACAAGUCAAAUCCUCAGCAGUGUGCGUUAAUUUACCUCUCUAACUUAUCUUUUCCAGUUUCCCAAAUCUGCAGCAAAACGUGCCUUAAGCUUUGGAUACUGCGUUUAGCUUUCCAAGCUGCUGCUCCUCAGGAAACUCUCACUGACAGACUGUUGGUUCCCUCAAUAACAAAAAAUGCGGCAGAACAAUAGGUUUAAUCGAGACAAUAGGCCAUUGGUUUUUUUAAGGUAAAAAGCAGCGAAAUAAUGAUGAGGGAGUUUAUUUUCCUGGUGACGUUUUCCAUCCUGUUGCUUUGCUCCGCUUACGCACAUCUGUAUGUUAUGGGCCGAUACAAUGCCGUUUGGGUUCCCUUUUGCACAGCCACCUUUGGAGCCUGAGUUGCAGCACAGUUCCUGAGAUAAUUGAGGGGUUUGUUUGGGUUUUUAAAAUCAUGCUUGGUUAUUUAUAAACCCCAAACUGUAAUUAUGGACCAAAGAACAAACUGGGGGCAAUUAAAGUAAUUAUCUGUACCUUCCCUGGAGUAGCACGGAAAUGUCUGCUGACUGCAUUUCAGAACGGCUCUAUUCAUAGCAUUGUCUCCCAGCACCGGGGGGAUCGCAGUGAUGGUAAACA